UGGAAGCAGAAGCAGGCAUUAGAUCACGGCCAAUACACAAAGUGAACUUACAGCGGAUUCAAAAUCCAAGCCAAUCCCUCCAAGUGCUAUAGUGAAGUGGUUAGUUAAUACAAAUUGCAAAUCUAAAUUUGUAUAAUAAAGAUGGAUCUCAUUUUCGAUUUUUACGAUCCAUUUAAAUCGCGUCGGUCACGUUUCAACGAUUGGGAUUUGCUAGGAAUGGAAAUUACACCAAGCAGGGAACGCACUUUUGGUUCACCUAAAGGCCACGCAGAUGAUUCCAAGCAGAGCGGAGACGACAAACAAUCAACUGCCCAAACCAUUGUCAAUGUUAAGCAAUUCAAACCGGAGGAAAUCAGUGUUAGAACCGUUGGUAAUACCGUGGUCAUCGAAGGCAAACACGACGAGCGGCAGGAUGAGUACGGAUUGGUUUCUCGACACAUCGUCCGAAAGUUCACUCUGCCUGAAGGUUAUGACCCAAAGGACGUAGUCUCCACAUUCUCACCUGACGGUGUCCUAACAAUCAAAGCACAUCCGCCAGCCAAGCCAGCGGAAGGUGUAGAACGAGUGAUUCCUGUUCAACAAACUGGUCCUGCACGACCCAGUCUUCAGGAUAAAAAACCAGAGAAUGGAGAUGUGAAAGAGAAAAUCUUCUCCUAAUUUUUAUUUGAACUGCCUAUCUAACAGUUAUAAGUGAAUUAUAAAUUGCAUGCAUUAUUUAAUUAUUUCCUGUGAUAAAUGUCGUUUUUGUAAAAUUCAUUAUUAUUUUCUAUGAAAUAAACUUUUUAUAAAAAUGCUA